AUGACUGAUCGCGGUCUUCGCAGGACAUCGCCGGUGAUGGAAUUGCCCGUACCUCUCGAGUUUGUGUUUUGCGCAGACGGAUCUGCGGGCGUCAAUCCUCGGCGGAAGGCAAAGUACUCGUGUGAGAACUGUCGGUCAAAAAAGAUCAAAUGCGACGAGUCCCGGCCGGCUUGUGUUCCCUGUGCAGCAAAGAAGAUAGCGUGCAAGUACGGCAAAAUGCCGGGUUUGGCUGCGAAAGAGAGUAAGCGUUUGAACGGCAAGAUGGAGCCCAAGAAACGAAGGAUAUCAUCGAAUUCAGACUCGUCAGAGUCCACUACCCUUCCCGGAAUUGCGUCGCUGAACUUCAAGCCUAGCAAGGGUCCAUCAGAGUCUAAGCUAUCUGCUUUGCAGGGGGUCGGGUCCUCGCAUGGGUCUUUACUGCCAGGCGCAGCUCCGGUCCCAAAGAAGUCGCCUCAGGUAUCAGCAGAGGCCGCCAGCAUAGGUCAAUUAGCAGCGGAUGCUCAUGAAUUUGCUCUGGAAAGACGAAACUUUACACAGAUAUCCACCAGCACGCAGUUCCCGAGCAGAUCCUCUCUUUCAAUGAAUCUGAGCGUUUAUGACGAUCUACUUCUCUCGAUCGCUUUACACGCUCCCGAUAUCGAAGACAGCACAGCGCCAUCAAGAAAGUCCGACGACGAGUCUAAUAUUCUAGAAACCCUUCUCCGACGAGGACCAGCAGUCUACCUCCCUCUGAUAUCCGCAUUUGUCCAACACAUCCACGCAUUCUACCCCGUCUUUCUUUCCUCGCCAACGUCGAAAAUAGUUGAUCUGCUCUCGACCGCGCUGUCGCCGGCCCGGUACACAAAGUCUGAGGGGUCGUUGAUGUGUACGAUACUAGCACUAGGUGCGGAGUGGAUAUUGAGAUACUCUCCGUUUGAGCGCAUUGGGUCGUUGGAGGAGUACCGAGAUAAACUGAUUCAGUUGGCGUAUAGAUGGACUGGGGACGGACUCAGUCAUUCAGACUUGUUUGGAGCUCAAAGCUUGAUCUAUCUCAGCCUAUACAAAAUCGCCACUAUGCAGAUUCAGGUCGCAUACAAGCUUGCCUCGGCAGCAUACACCCAACUCCGUCUCUGCCAACUGUCUCCGAAAAACAACCAAGAGAAAUGCAUCACCACGCUGUCUCUCGGCUCGCUAUUCUUGCUCGACUCCGGCAUCUUCGCUUCUUACUCCCUUCCUCCGAUUCUCACAUACUCGGAUGCACUGUACGCUGAGUUCUCGUACUCUCGGUCAAAGUAUGAUAUCACGGUGCUGCAGUUUCUGAAUGCGCGUAUUUCCGCGUUGGCGCUGCGUUGUAGCGUGAAGGAAAGCUCGAAGGAUUGGAUACCGGAAAAGUCACUUCGUGUGCCGGGCAUUUUGUUCACAGUGACGGGAGAGUUUAUGGAGAAGCUGGAGGAGUGGCGGCUUGAUAUACCUGAAGUGCUUCGAGAGUCGAACGAGAAGGAAGAGAAUUCGACGAGCGAGACGACGGUGUCGGGUGGAAGCUCGGAAAACUCGACUCAGUACGAAGGACUGCCGCUCCAAACCUUUAAGACUCAGCUUCAGCUGUAUUACUACGACAUCAGAGCAGAGAUUGGUAAACUGUAUUUGGCCAGUGUGCAGUACUACGAGAGCCAGUGGCCGGCAAGCAGCCGUGCGGAGAGUUUGGCGCAGUUUCAGUCAGAGGACAGGGAUAGACUACAGAUCGACCCGUUCGUGAUGGACAGGAUGAAAGAGUCUGCUACAUCGAGUUUGCAGGAUAGCAGGAGGUACAUCAAAGCAUGCGCGAGUAAGCCAAACGAAAGGUCUCAGGACCUCUGCUCGCUGAUGCUGGACAUGCCGCGUUUGCUAUCCCAUCUGGUCUGUCUGACCUCGAGCACCGAGGGGACGAGCCAGAGAGUGGACAGUCAUCGCCCGCACUUUACAGAAAACAGAUUACAGGCGUGCGCCAGAGUCCAGACGUACUUGGCCAGUGUUAUUGAUAAUCGCCAAGUACGUAAUCAGCAAUCGGCCGCUGCGGUAGAUUCGGCGGACGACCAUCGGAGAUAUGUGGUUGGAAAGUUAUCGCGUGCUGUGGACGAGAUCCGUAGCCGAUUCUCAGAGCCGGCUGCAGCUGUUGUGCGGUAUCAUUGUACAAACACAUGA